AUGGCAAAUUUGUUGCCAUUAAUUGUUUCAUGUUGGACUCAUUAUGAUAAAAUUGUCAAGAAUGAACAUUGGGGAUAUCCUGAGGAAUGGUUUCCUAGUGUUAGUGCAUCAAUUGGAGAUUGGUAUCCUGCUCGAUCUAUUUUUCAAAUUUUUAUAGCCUGUACAUCAGGCCCACGAUUCAUAAUGAUAUUUUUAUUUUAUCUUAUUACCAAUAAACCUGAAAAUUUAUAUCCCAAAAUUCACGCAAUUAUUGGAAUUAUACGUACAUUAUCAGUUGGUGGAUGGGUUUACAUAACUUCAACCGAUGAUCAUUUUAUACAUGAUGUGGCGAUGAUAUUAUAUUUGGUCACCACUUUACCUUGGAUGUUAGGAUCCAUAUCAAUCAGUCCAGAUAAUAAUAUGACAUUAAAAUGGAGAAAGAGAGUUAUGUUUAUAUUUUUUGGUUCACUUGUACCAAUGAUUUAUUAUUUUGUACAGCAUAAAGUUCAUCAUGUGGCUGGAGCAUUUGUCUAUUGGUCAACAUUGACAUCGCUCGCUUUAACAAUUUGGUAUUUUCCACUUUGGAGUAUGGGAAUAUCAGGAUAUGAAGCAUUUCUACUUGUAACUUGUUCCCCAUUUUUACUUGGUAUCAAAAAGAUACGUGAAACAGUUUCUUCAUUUCCUGGAAUAUUUCAUUUAUUAUCCCUUCUCGGCGUAGCUUCUUAUAUGUUCGUUGAUCCAGUACCAAGACUUAUUACAAUUUCUUUUGGAAUUGCGACUUCGAAUUUACUUUGGACUUCUAUUUGGUUAAAGAGUCGUAAUAAUCAAAUUCAAUUAGAACGUAUUUCUCUAAUCUGGGGAUUAGGUUUAAUCAUGAGUAAUGUGAUUAAGAUGGCUUGGUGGACAAAUAACCCCAUAUGGCCAAUAAUGCAUAAAGAAAAUGGUGGACGUAAUGAAGUUGGAUUAUUAUUAGGAAUAAUUUCUUCAUUAAUAAUUAUAUUACUUAAUUUAUAUAAUUCACCUAAUUUACCUAAUUCACCUAAUUCACCCAAAUCGUCCGAAUCGUCCAAUUCGCCUAAUUUACUUAACGAUAGAUUUAAUAAGAAAGCUACAGGAUCCUGGGUUUCAGCAGCUGUUGGUUUAGGUUCUCUCAUGUUUGCACUUCAUUCUUUACUCACUGAUACUACAAUAAUUUCUCGUUGGGUUUAUAGUGGAUAUCCUAAUACUGGACCUCAACCUAUAUUAUCGGGAAUUUUAAUUAUUACGACAAUGUCAUUAGGAUUAAUUAUUUCAACUUAUCGUAAAAUAGUUAUUAGCUUUCCUUGGUAUGUUAUUGGUUGUGUAUCAUGUGCUUGCUUAUAUUAUUAUCCAACUUGGAAAGGUUAUUUUGGUGGAUUAUUACUUAGUAUAUAUUUAAUGUCAUUAAUACCAACAUUUAUUCGUAACGUUGUACAAUAUCCACCCGGGAAAACUUUAUUCACGACCAUGAUGACUUAUAAUAUUUUUUGUUUGGCGCAUGUUUGGGUUGUAGCUUAUGCUUUUGUUCCGGCUGGAGAAUAUAUGAGAGAACAUACUGAUUAUGUAUUAUUUACGAUGAUGGCUUUAAUCGGAUUAAUGAUUUUAAUGACAUUGAGUGUUACAUAUUCACGUUAUCCAACUGAAUUACCAAUAUCUUAUCAUCCCGAACAAAAAUUAAUUACGGCUGGUAUAUGGACAAUUCAUUUCGCUUUAGAUAAUGAUAUGUGGGCAAGUGAAUUUAGAAUGAGAGAUUUAAUUAAAGAUUUAGAAAUUGAUGUAAUUGAUCUUGGUCGUAUUAUAAUGGGAAAUCGAGAUUUUACCCAAUUUUUAGCAGAAGAUCUUAAGAUGUAUUCGGAUUAUGGACCAGGACCUUCAAAACAUACUUGGGGUUGCGCAAUGCUUUCGAAAUUUCCCAUCAUUAAUUCAACUCAUCAUUUACUUCCAUCUCCCGUAGGUGAACUUGCUUGUGCAAUUCAUGCCACUCUAGAUGUUUAUGGAAAAGAAGUAGAUGUUAUAGUUAGUCAUAAUGGUCAAGAAGAAGAUGAGGAAGAUCGUAAAUUACAAACAACCGAAUUGGCCAAAAUCAUGAGAUCAAGUAAUAAUCCUAUAAUCUUUUUAGGAAUUAAAAAGGUUGGUUAUGCUCGAGUUAGUCAUGAAAAUGAUGUAGAUCCUCAAUUAAGAUUUCCUUCAAAAUUCCAUGGUGAAGGAAUUCGUGGACAUAAAUAUCAUGUAUUCAAUGAACCACGAUAUUAUAGUGAUUCAAAUAAUUAA